AUGUCCGCCAAUACUUUAGAGCCUAGUGUAGGUAAACGUAUCGCACUCCCUGUUCGUGUUGAACCUAAAGUGUUCUUCGCCAACGAACGUACCUUUUUAUCUUGGUUAAAUUUCACGGUUGUUCUCGGUGGAUUAGCAAUGGGUCUUUUAAACUUUGGUGAUCGUAUUGGUCGUAUGUCUGCCGUUUUAUUCACAGUUAUUGCUAUGGGUGUUAUGCUUUAUGCUUUAUAUACAUUCCACUGGAGAGCCACAAAGAUCAGAAACAGAGAAGCCGCUGCGUAUGAUGAUCGCGUUGGCCCUACCGUCCUGUGUAUCUUUUUAUUAGCUGCUGUGUGUGUCAACUUUUAUUUACGAAUGGGUAGUAAGCAUUAG